AUGACGUCGUUGACCUCUGCCUCUCUCCCUCUCUUCCGCUCGUCCACGCUGGUCCUUGUGUUGCUAUGUUUGUCUCCGUCGGCUACUCUGUUUUUCCAGCCGCCCAGCUCGUUCCGCAUCUCUCCUUCAGUGCCGUCCAGUGUGUGUGUCUCCGUCGAGCGCCCCCUGCCACCAGGAAGGUUCAACGGAGAAGAUGAUGAAUGGUCCUUCGUGUUGCGCCGUCGGCUCUCUGGACCUCAGCGCCGGUCCCCUGUCUUUUUUUCCCCAGCCGCCUCCAGCUCGUUCGCAUGUCCAGCUGCUCUGUUCUCCCCGCCCAGCUUCCUGCCACCAGGAAGGGAUAGGAAACCAUGUGAUGGAUCAACAGAUCCCAACAAGAAGCCUCCUUGGGGGAGGCCAAUGGGACUCAAAUUUGACAGCAAAACUUGUAAUCUUUAUAUAGCAGAUGCAUACUUUGGACUCCUCAUGGUUGGGCCUAGUGGUGGUGUCGCCAAACAACUAGCCAUUUCUGCUUAUGAUGGCGGCGCUCCUUUCAAAUUCCUAAAUGAGUUGGCUGUUGAUAGCCUAACAGGUGUGAUUUAUUUCACAGAAGGAGAUAAAACACAAAGUUUGCUGAAAUAUGAUCCGAAAACUGAGAAAGUAGAGAUCUUGCUGCAAGGCUUGGCAUUUGCAAAUGGUGUGGCUUUGAACAAGGAUGGCUCAUUCCGUCUAGUAGCAGAAACAAGUUCAGGAAAGAUCAACAAGUUCCGGCUCAAAGGCUCCAAAACUUACCCUUCAGAACUCUUUACACAACUUAAAAGGCCACCAGAUAACAUCAAGAGAAACAAAAAUGGAGAUUUCUGGGUCGGUCUGAACAGUAACAAAACAUCAUCGUAAAAUGCUAAAAAUAAUAACGAAGGCUUAGGAGAUGACCCUGUGGGAGUGAGGUUUGAUGAGAAGACAAAGACUUUGGUGGCUUUGGAUGGAAGAGGAGGU